AUGAUCACCGCAUCCAUGGUGCACACGCCGGCGACCCUCAGCAGCUGGUGUUUCCCCGCUACGUUCCCGAAUCUAUUCCGGCUAUAUACCGGGAUGGCUGGUCACGUCCUUCGGCGCCCGUGUGUGAAUACGUGUAAUGUCAUCCAGGCUGGCGAGGUCGAUGAGGCCGACCCAUGGCUCCGCCGGACCCAGUGGGCGGUGUAUCUGGACGAAGUUGAGCUCGACGCGUUGUCGGCGAUCACCGUGCCACCCGCCGAGGAUGCGGAUGGCAUCGAGGCCACUGUCCGAGCCAUCUGGUAUGCUACAUUACCCGUCCAAAAGUCUGCCGACACUCACUAUAUUCCCGGUAAAUCUUGA